CCACUACCGCUCCUACAGUAAAUAUUUGUGUUUGCUCGACCGGCUGUAAUGGUGGACGACUGAGCAGCGAAAAGGAAUACAACUAGAGAGAAGAAAAGAGGAAAAGGGGUCGAAAGUCUGCCUGAGAGCCAGCCGCCGCCUGUAGGACAAGGACAGCGUCGAAAAUGGAUGAACUUAAACAUCAAGUCAUGAUUAACCAGUUUGUCCUGACGGCGGGUUGUGCGGCAGACCAAGCCAAGCAGCUUCUGCAGGCGGCACAUUGGCAGUUUGAGACUGCCCUCAGUACCUUUUUUCAAGAAACAAAUAUUCCAUAUGGCCAUCAUCAUCAAAUGAUGUGUACCCCAGCCAACACACCAGCCACGCCCCCAAACUUCCCGGACGCUCUGACCAUGUUCUCACGGCUGAAGGCGUCGGAGAGCUUUAACAGCGGCAGUGGAGGCAGCAGUAUGGCUGCUGCCAUGGCCACGUCUCCGCCCGUCCCUCAGGGCUGGGGCAUGUCUGCAGGUGUGAGCGCACCACAGCCCACACAGGGACUCUGGACUCAGGGGCAGCCCCCCACACAGCCCUGCCCCGCCUGGCCCACGCCCGUCAACCCUCACACAGGCCAGGAGCAGAAGGCCAGCGUCGCCAUGGAAGCAGAGAGAUGAAUCGCUGCACGGGACUGAGGACGGGGGUAGAGGGAGGGGGGUGAGACGGGGGCUUCAGUCUUUUACCCCAACCUGCUGGGGUACGCCUACACCAACGGAAAGAGACAAACUACUCAAACCAAGAAAAACUCAUUGUGGACAUUGAAGGGAGGAGAAAACCAAUGCAAAUGUCAAUACAAAAAUAUAAAAAAGAUACGCACACACAUAGUACUAAGAGCAACUCAAACCUUUGUUAGUUUUCCUAAGUAAAUGCAUAGAUAAGAGAAAUAUUAUUGAACUAAAAAAAAAAAAAAAAAAUCUAAAAAAAUCGUCACGCCCAAGGAUUUUCUGUGAUGUUGGAGAACAUUGGAGGCAGCAGAUGUAAUUUCACCUUUUUGUUGAGUUUUUCAUCUUGGACCUGGCGUCUGUGUUUGUGUGCUGCAUGAGGACUGAGGAGAGGGACUUGGACGCAGUGUUGUGGAGGAUCACAGAGCGUCGGCAUGUGAGCAAGUAGUGAGUUUGUAAUCCAAUGUAACACAGCUAAUAGACACAGUCACACCUAGAGUUUAGACCAACACCAUGUUGUCGUCCCCAUCGUCAAGGUGGGAUUUUCUUACCUCACCUGGUGGUCACCUGACUUCUUUCAGCCAAUCAGGGAUUCUUAAACCAACCGUUGCCGUCGUUUGAUGCAGGACAUGUUUUUAAAGUUUCUUUUUCUGCUAACUGUUCCUCGCAGCAAUGGCUUUUCUUUCAGCGCUGACACGGUUGAAAAACCUGGACUCUGACUUCAGCUGUCCACUGUAUGUAUACUUUUCUGGAGAUUUGGAUAUUACAAGUAUAACGAGAAAUCAUGGUUUAAUAUAAUAUUGUUUAUUAUGAUAAUUGUUCUGUUUUGUUGGGAGACAGUUUUGAAAAGGGGGGUGGGGGGGAUUUUUCUGGAGGGAAGAGUGAAUCAAAAGCAGCUAAAAUGGCUACAUAUAUAAAACCACGACUACUCCAUCUUGUAAACAGAGUUGCCACUUUGCAUGAUGUGUUCAUAAAAGUGUAAAACCUUUUGUAGCAAACAUACAUGAUCAGGAGACAUGUUCAGGGGAAGGGUAGACGGGUCUCAUUCCCAAAGCCAAUAGAAAUGCAAUAGCAGCUUAUCACCGUCAGAUUUCAGAUUAGAGACAAAACGUUGACUUUAGAUUGAGUUAUUUUGGCACACUACAGACUACUACACAAGUGUACCCCCUCACAGAGUUUUCACUGCAUUUCUGUUUGGAGCUGGUCCACUUAGAACAGAGGGGCUGAGCAGGAAACUCCCUGUCAAAUGGCAAUACUUCAAACAGGGUCUGCCUGCUUUCUGUCCAUUCUGAAUAUUAUUUGAGAGGAAAGAUAUUCUGACUAAAGCCAAGGGUCUUUUUUAAGAUAAAGUGAUUAUAGAAAUAAUGGAGAUGAUCAUAAAUGACCAUUUUCUUUUCAACUAAUAUUUCAGUUCAUCCUUUUUCAUGCUCCAUUCUUUAUUUGGUUAAAUCUGAGCGUUUAUUGGUGGGCCUGUUCCUAAAUGGUUUCUCAUAUACGUUUCCCCCUUGUAUGACUGUAUGAGACCAUUCCCACAAUAUUUGUGGACUACCUGAUAAUUAACUUAUCAUUUUUGUGAACCUAAAUAAAUAUUGUAUGUCAACCUA